AUGCUCACGAUCCAACCACCGCCGUUUCCCAGCCACCAUCAUCGACCGCCGUUUUCGAAGGUUUUCGACCGCCGUUUCCGUUCGUUUUUCCGCCGUUUCAAACCAAACCUCAGCCGCCGCUCACCAUCACCAUCGCGCCAAACCUCAGCAGCCGCACCACCUGUUACUCAUCUGCAGGAUGCUAAUCAAGGUGUGACUGAUACCGUUCCGACUCCGAUAGUUAUAAUUGACCAAGACUCUGAUGCAAAUGCAACUGUGGUGAAGAUAACUUUUGGUCAUCGGCUUGGAGCUCUCCUUGACACGAUGAGUGCAUUAAAAAGCUUAGGUCUCAAUGUUGUUAAGGCAAAUGUCUUUUUGGAUUCUUCUGGCAAACACAACAAGUUUUUCAUCACAAAAGCUGAUACUGGCAGAAAAGUCGAAGAUCCAGAGUUGUUAGAAGCAAUUCGUUUGACAAAUAAUCUGAUUCAGUAUCACCCGAUAUGCUUUGCCAAAUAUCCUCCUUUCUCACUGGAGGGUGAUUUGUUUAUAUGCCAACAAGCAAUUCUCACUUCUCUGCUAAUUAGCAUUUUCAAAAUGGUUGUCCAGGAAUCAAGUUCUCAGUUAGCAAUGGGAGCGGCUUUUGGACUUCUACCUCCGAAAGAGCAGGUGAUGAAUGUCUAUACUUUUCAGUUUCAGUUUGUAUUUGCAUUGUUUAGUCUACACUUGUUUAUGUACGGUUGCAAUUUAUAUAUGUGGAAAGCGACAAGAAUAAAUCAUAAUUUCAUAUUUGAAUUCUCGCCGACCACGGCGCUAAAGCAUAGAGAUGCUUUUCUGAUUUGUACUGUCUUCAUGACUACUGUGAUUGGAACGAUGGUCUUGCACCUUCUUAUAAGGGUUGUGGGGUUUUUUCCUGGCAAUGUUGACGCCAUUCCCGGAAUUCUACUUCUGUUUUUCAUAGCUAUGCUCAUUUGCCCAUUAGACAUUUUCUAUCGUCUAACUCGAUUCUGCUUCAUCCGCGUUAUUCGUAACAUUAUCUGUUCUCCUUUUUAUAAGGUUCUUCUGGUGGAUUUUUUUAUGGCUGAUCAACUAACUAGUCAGAUACCAUUGCUAAGACAUUUGGAAACAACGAGUUGUCACAUUUUAUCCCGGGUUUUCAAAACGCACCACCCUGAAACCUGUAGUUCCGGAAGAUUAUACAUGGAAAUAACCUACAUUAUCUCAUUUUUGCCAUAUUUUUGGCGUGCCCUUCAGUGUGUAAGAAGAUGGUAUGAUGACAGUGAUGUUGCGCAUUUGGCGAACAUGGGGAAGUAUAUCUCUGCAAUGGUUGCAGCAGGAGCUAGAGGAUUUCUUAAUCCUAACUCAAGAAAUGCAUGGCUAAGAGAUGAUUUAGUUUUUAAGAAUAAAAGCAUAUACUACAUGUCUAUGGCAUUAAAUGUUGUGUUAAGAGUGACUUGGACAGAAACUGUUAUGCAUUUCAAAGUUGGGCAUAUUCAAACAAGGUUGUUGGAUUUUAUGUUAGCUUCAUUGGAUUUUAUGUCUACCGAAGAUUUUAUAUUGGUAAUUUAA